AGAGAGAAACAUCAGAAGAAGAAGGAAGUGUAGUGAAGAGGCCUUGUAUUCCAGCACAAAGGCCAUAUCCUAAAAACAUCAAGAACUACGAGUUCCAUGUAAAGCUGGGGAAUGGAAACUUUGGCAAGGUUAUGUUGGCGUCAUUGAAGAACUGCGAAGAGAAAGUGGCAAUCAAAGUGAUUCGGAAGCAGCACAAGGAGGGAAAUGAUAUCAGCAGAUUCAUCUUAGCUGAGUCCCGAACUCUCCGGAUCACUGAAGGUUGUCCCUUUCUCUGCCACGGAUAUGCAGCUUUCCAAACUCAGCUGCAUGCUUUCCUUGUCAUGGAGUUUGCAAGAGGAGGAACACUAAAACAACUGAUAAAUAAGGAAGGUGGACUGAAGACGGACAGCAUAAGAUUCUAUUCUGCAGAGAUGAUCAUCGGGCUGCAGUAUCUGCAUUCACGUGGCAUUGUGCACCGAGAUCUGAAACCGGAUAACAUCUUACUCAGUGAUGAGGGACACGUGAAAAUCGCAGACUUCGGCCUGGUUGCAGAAGGAAUGUUUACCAGCGACAGGAAGAAUUUUGAGCCAGUAGGAUACUUCACCUUCAUGGCUCCAGAGAUUUUUUCAGGGAUUGGCUAUGGCGCAGCAGCGGAUUGGUGGGCAUUUGCAAUCACUCUUUGCAAAAUGGCCACCGGAAGAUCACCAUUCUACGAGGGUAUGACGUUGGAGAACCUGAUGUAUUCAGUGUGCUGUAAGGAGCCUUUAUUUCCAGAGGGUGUCAGCGCUGAACUAAAAGAACUGCUACUGGAGCUUUUAGAGAAGAAUCCAGAAAAGCGCCUGGGCACCAAAGGGGACAUAAGGAAACAUCCAUUUUAUAGAUCUAUUGAUUGGACAGCAUUGGAGGGCAAGAAGAUACCACCUCCUUUCCAGCCAAUACCAACUGUGGAUAUCACUGCAGUGUGCAAAGAAUCACUAUCAUUCUUAGAAGAGGCAGACUGCAUCAGUGCAUCAGGUUGUAUAGAAAGGAUUCAGGAUCUCUCAUUCCUGAGUCCCACUUGGGAAAAAUCUGGGGUGCCCUUUUGCCCCCACCAUCUGUCCUCCAAACCUCAGUCCCGCACCAACGGCCUGCCCUCCUUAACCCUCCCCUCCUAG